AUGGUAAACAUACCAACGACCCUCCUGACUGCCGAUCUGAACCAGUCAGAAGAAAGGGGGACCGACCCCCAACGGAGCAAGCGCAGAAUAGCACAGAUAACGCCGCCAACGAUCGGAGAACUAGCAGUGAUGGUCUACGAUUUAAAGGAAGAAAUCGCUAGACUGAGGAAAGACGUAAGGGCCGAAGGGAAACGUGGAGAAGCCGAAGGGAAACGUGGAGAAACCGAGACGGCCAUGCUAAACGACAUGGUCGAGGCUUACACAGGCAUGGCCACUUUAACCAAGGAGCACCACAAGAAGCAAACCGCCCAGAUCACCAAGAUGAUGAACGAGAUUUCGAACAAACUACUCGCUGCAAUUCAGUGCUACCCACUCUACCGCGAGACCACGAAGCCAGCCACCAAGGCGACUUCAAGCCGACCACGAACUAACGAUGUUUCCCACAGCACAGACGGAGACAUAUCGGAAGCCACUACUACUAGACAAGGACGAACCACAUCUACUAAGGGCCGACCAACUUUAAACUCCAGAACCCCGCUGCCCUGGAACAAGGUAGCGGGGACUACGAACCCACCAAGCAGGGUGAUUCGUUAA